AUGGCUUAUUUAACUCAGCCAGACUACGUAAAGUAUAUAUGUUCCUGCGGACAACUAAAACCUAUUACUAGUUUAUAUUUCUGUCGGCAUUGCUUAAAAAUACGUUGCGGUUUCUGCAUUUGUCAUGAGGUGGACUCACACUACUGUGCUAACUGCUUGGAGAACAUGCCAUCAUCAGAAGCUCGACUCAAGAAGAACAGAUGCAGCAGUUGUUUUGACUGUCCCAGCUGUUUCCACACAUUGUCCACUCGGGCUACAAUGGCUCAGCCUCGGCAGGUCGUGCAAGACCCUGCAGCGGGUGGAGACACCAAAGUUGAAAGCAAGCAGCCUAAGAAGAUGUACUACUUGUCCUGCUUCAACUGCAGGUGGACUUCCAGAGAUGUUGGAAUACCAGAUCAGCCUGUUGCGUCAGGUGGUUGGCCGGAGCGUACGAAUCCGCACGCAGCGCGCGUCAACCAACUGCUGGAAUAUUACAAGGCGAUCGCAUUGCAGGAGAAACAAGAGAAGAUUGAAAGAGAGAGAAAGAAAUUCAACAUUAGAGGCAAAUAUAUCACUCUUACUGACAAGACAGGUUUGACGGGUGCGAUGGCACGCAACAUAGCUGGCCUGCCGUCAAGUGAGAGUUCGUCGUCGGCCAUCGCGAGCUUCGUGCCCAGUCAGGCUAAGGAGGAGGUUGAGGAGUUACCUGAGGAUAUAUUCACCAAAGAGGUCAAUCUGAAUCAAAUAACGAGCAUGCCCCAGCGCCUGGCGUCCCCCGAGUGGCAGCCCCCGUCGGUGUCCCGGCUGCACCCGCUGGCCAAGUUGCUGAGCGUCAAGCGCAGUCAGCGCUGCCGGGCCUGCGACCAUAACCUCACCAAGCCGGAGUACAACCCUGGAUCUAUCAAGUUCAAGAUUGAACUACUGGCAUACUACCAUGUACCAGAAGUGAAGAUAAUCUCCCACGAGCCCGUCAAACCAGGUGGUAAGUCAGCCCUACUUCUAAAGCUGACCAACCCGACUGGACAUGAGAUGCAGCUGCGACUGCUGCAGCCCGAAGAUAUUCCACCUCCUGAGGAGAAGGAGGAACCCAAGAGUAUCGAGAAGUCGCUCGAACGAUCACUUAACUUAGAGAAGGACACGAGCUCCCUGAAGCCGAUGGAAGUGGUAUGCUCGCCGACGGCGACGAGCCGCGUGCGCGCGCCGGACGCGACGCUGACGCUGGCGCAGCGCGACGACGCCGCCGAGUACGACGACGACGCGCAACAUGACACGAACGACAUAAUAAUGUGGCGUAAGUCGAACAAGUUAGCACUUCGACUGGAAGUGGUGACCGACGAGGGCGUGGCGGGCGGCGCGCCGGCCGUGGCGAUGGUGGCGCUGCAGUACUCCUACCGCAACACAGUGCCGCCCGCCGCCGCCGCCGCGCAGCCACGGGACCAUACUCUAUACACCACCGUCUUACUCGACCUGGGUACCGUCAGCUCCAACUAG